AUGCCUGCGCCCGAUUCAGACAAUAAUAAACAAAAAGUAAUAGAAAACAAUGCUCAAGAAUUAAUAGAUCAACCUGUAAGGGAAAUAACUCAAACUGACCAUCUAAACAAGAAAUUAUUGACUUCACUUUUUAACAGGAUGGUCGAGGGUGAUAGUGACUCUUCAUUAGCAAAAAUGUUGGAGCCAGAUAAUAUAAACGAAGAACAUGACGAGUGGAGUGAAUAG